ACUUAUUUUCUUUAUGGAGAAUGGGACCUUCUCGCCAGUAUCCAGUCGGUACGUGUGUUCUGUGAAAUUCUCUGAACAAACAGAAAAUUCCUCGAUUGUUCCGAUCACCGAUCGUGUCGACUUGGAUAACUAAGCCACCCGUUGCUGUGCAAAUAUAUUCCUAUAAUUGUAUUCGCAGUUAUCUUAAAAAAGGUCACUAAAAUACGCACUUACCAAAGACGUGUUGAAUGGAAACAAAUUUAUGACUGGGACGGUAUCUGGUAUACAAGCGCAAUAUUUUGUGCAAUAACUGAACCGUAAACAAAAUGGCAACAAAAAGCAAUUCGGGGAGACAUACUUUUUUCAUGUGUGUCUUGUUUUUGAUGGCGGCUGCUGCUAUUACCAUGUCGGCCAUCGCUUUACAUCGCAUGCUUAACGACGAUGACGACGCGCCAUCUGUUGUGACGCCGGCGUCAGACGCAGAAAAGGGAUCCGCCCCGCCUACCACCCCCGGAUCCACGCCUCUCCCGGAUUCCCGCCGUGGCGCAGUGGUAGAUUGCUACCCUAAAAAUCUCAAAGAGAAGGAUAAAAUUGUUACAAAAGAGGCGUGCGAGCAGAGGCAAUGUGUAUGGAGAGAGGCUUCCAACAGUAAGGCGCCAAAAUGUAUUUUCCCAGACACGAUUGGUUACGAGUUCCAUUCGAUAUCGGAGAACGGGAACACCAAACAUGUCAAAAUAAACAGGAGCGGUCCCGGAACAGUGUACGGUAUGCCGGUAAACAACGUGAUUGACGUCACGGUGGACGAGUAUGGCGAUAAUGCGCUGAGGAUCUACUUUCGUCCUACGAAUUCACAACCAUUUGAAAUCCCAGACGAGGCUCUGAAAAUCAACAGACCCUCACCACCCACUGAUAAACGGUACACGGUAGAGAUUGUCAAGAAACCUACAUUUGGUGUAAAAGUCAUCAGAAAAAGUACCAAGUCUGUUGUAUUUGACAGUAGUUUACCCGGGUUAACCUUCUCUGACCAGUUCCUGCAGAUCAGUACCCGCCUACCCACAGACAAUUUGUACGGAUUUGGUGAACACAACCACCGGCGGUACCGCCAUGAUAUGAACUGGAGGACUUGGACCAUCUUUACCAGGGACAUGGCGCCAGUAGAUGACUGGAAUCUGUACGGGGCUCACCCUGUUUAUAUGAACCUAGAAGACAAGGGCAAAGCAAAUAUGGUGUUUCUGAAAAACAGUAACGCCAUGGAGGUGACGUUGCAGCCCUCCCCCUACCCUGCCGUUACCUACAGAACCAUUGGAGGAGUCCUGGAUUUCUACGUGUUUCUGGGAGAGAACCCUAAUCAUGCCCUACAGCAGUAUCUACAUGCUAUAGGGAGACCUGCUUUGCCGCCUUACUGGACAUUAGGGUUCCAUAUUUUAAGAUGGGGAUAUGAAAACUUGACUCGUAUGAAAUUUAUCCAUCAAAGGAACGUUGAUGCUGAUAUUCCAUUUGAUGCACAGUGGGGUGACAUUGACUACAUGUAUAAGAAGUUUGAUUUUACUUAUGACAAGAAAACAUUUAAAGGACUACCUGAGUUUGUAGAUAAGGUUCAUGGCGAAGGAAAAAAGUUUGUCGUUAUAGUGGACUCUGGUAUCGGUUCUGAUCCUCAGCUUUAUGCAGAAGCUAAAAAUAACAGCGCUGGUUACAGGAUGUACGAGGAUGGAAUAGAGAAAGACAUCUUUGUGAAGAACGCCAGCGGACAGGUGCUUGUUGGCCAGGUAUGGCCAGGAGAUUCUGUUUUCCCGGAUUUUACAAACGUCAAGAAUACAACCAUGUUCUGGGAGAAAUGGAUCCGAUAUUUCUUUUACAAUGAAUCCAUUAAAGCUGAUGGACUGUGGAUUGACAUGGAUGAACCGGCCAAUUUUGUCCAAGGGUCAAAGUCCGGGUGUCCGGUUAAUAAAUGGAACCAUCCACCUUUUGUUCCUCAGAUCUUUGAAGGUGACCGGGAUAACGGUAGUUUAUAUUACAAGACGCUGUGUAUGGACGGACAACAGUCCUGGGGGAAACACUACGACGUACAUAGUCUGUAUGGACACAGCAAGAGUAUCGUCACUUACAAAGCUCUGCUGAACAUUAGUCCUAACAAGAGACCGUUCGUGAUGACCCGCUCCUCUUUUGCUGGGACCUCUAAGUACGCCUUCAAGUGGCUGGGGGAUAAUGGCAGUCAGUGGCGGCAACUUCACUGGUCUAUCAUUGGUGAGAGGCUGAGAAUCUUGAAAGAGAUGGGGUUCCAGAUCGGAGCCGAUAUUUGCGGUUUUUGGGCACAGGCAGAGUAUGAAAUGUGCUUGAGAUGGUACCAGCUGGGCACAUUCUACCCUUUUGCUAGAAGUCAUAACAUUUAUAAAAAUGACGGUGUUAACUUUGCCAGGGAUCAGGACCCCACGGCCUGGAACUCGACUUUUACAGACAUCGUACGUCACUACAUAAUGAUCCGCUACAAGUUCUUACCCUACAUGUACACUCUGUUUAAAGAAGCUCACACGGAGGGGAAAAUGGUGCUCCGGUCCUUGAUGUUUGAAUUUCCAGAAGAUAAGAAUACCUGGUCAAUAGACAAACAGUUUAUGUUUGGUCCAGCAUUGCUCAUCUCUCCAGCAUUAGAGGCUGGUCAAAGAUCUGUUAACGCUUACUUUCCGAAGGGAAGAUGGCAUGAUUUUUAUGAGGGAAGCGAGAUCAGUUCACAAAGUGGAAAGUUUGUCUCUCUUCACACUCCUUUGUCUUUCCUACCAUUCCACGCCAGGGGCGGAUCUAUAAUCCCUGUUCAGAAUGUGGCGAACUCAACGCAAUUCAGCCGCCUGAAUCCAAUGGGUCUCUGGUGUGCCCUGGAUGAGAGUAAUAGUGCUAACGGUACUCUGUACAUGGACGACGGGGAAAGCCUAGAUUCAUUUUCUUCUGGAAAGUAUUUGGAACUGAAGUUUGUAUUAACAAGGGGCGAGCGGUUAGACAUAUCAGUAAUUCACCAUGGGUACACACCGCCCGGAAACCUUAGUUUUACGAUGAUAGAGUUUUACGGCAUGAUUAGUUUUCCCGCCACUCUUUCAAUUAAUGGAGAAACACAAGAAGCAAGACAUAUAAGACACAAAUUUAAUAUCAACUUUUGGUUCUUGGAUGGACAAUUCAAAAUAAAAAUGUCGAACCAGCGCUCAAAUUCCGGAAGGCACACAUUUUUUAUGUGUGUUUUAUUCCUUAUAUCGGCGGCAGCGAUAACCAUGUCCGCUAUAGCGUUUAAUCGGAUGUUAAAGGACGACAAAACACCCAGCUCAACCUCGUCUCCGAAGGAGGCCCAGCAGAAUCAGAACUUCUCCACCCCUGCGCCUUCACAUGGAUCCACCCCAGAACCAGACUUCCGGACUCAGGCGGUAGUGGACUGUGAUCCCCCUAACAGUAAGAACCUUGUCCGCGCUGACAGGAAUGAAUGUCAACAAAAACAAUGUCAGUGGAUUACCCAUUCCCACAAAAGAGCUCCCCGGUGUAUCUUCACAGCCGCUGUUGGGUACAGGAUGACUGGAGACAUCCAGUUGAUUGGGAAUUCCCAGACUACAGCCCAGAUCGUGAGGAAGGGUCCGCUAACUGUGUACAGUAAACCUGUCCACAGUCAGGUGGACGUCAUAGUGGACGAAUAUGGAGAUAAUGCCCUCAGAAUAUACUUUCGCCCAACAAAUUCAAACCCUUAUGAAAUACCAGAUGAAGCGCUUAAAAUAGCCCGACCUUCUCCAUCAACCAAUAAACGAUACGAAGUUGAGUUUGUGAAGGAACCAUCGUUUGGCAUCAAAAUAACAAGGAAGAGCACGAAAACCGUCAUCUUUGACAGUAGUUUACCCGGGAUGACAAUCUCAGACCAGUUCCUGCAAAUCAGUACCCGCCUACCCACAGACAAUUUGUAUGGAUUUGGUGAGCACAACCAUCGACGGUACCGCCAUGAUAUGAACUGGAUGACUUGGGGAAUCUUCACGAGGGAUUAUGCACCCAAUGACGAACCUUGGAAUUUGUACAGCGCUCACCCUGUUUAUAUGAAUCUUGAGAAGGAUGGUCGAGCAAAUAUGGUGUUUCUCAAAAACAGUAAUGCCAUGGAGGUGACGUUGCAGCCCUCCCCCUACCCUGCCGUUACCUACAGAACCAUUGGAGGAGUCCUGGAUUUCUAUGUGUUUCUGGGAGAGAACCCCAAUCAUGCCCUACAGCAGUAUAUUCAGGCUAUUGGCAAACCCCCUAUGCCACCGUACUGGUCUCUGGGUUUUCACAUCUGUAGAUGGGGAUAUGGAACUUUGACAGAAAUGGAGAAAGUUCACCAAAGGAAUAUUGACGCAGAAAUACCCUUUGAUACACAAUGGGGAGACAUCGACUAUAUGUACAAAAAGUUUGACUUCACUUACGACAGGAGCGCCUUCAGAGGUCUUCCACGGUUUGUUAAUCAGGUCCACGACAGGAAGAAGAGAUUCGUGGUCAUUGUGGACUCGGGUAUUGGUGCCAAUCAGACACUCUAUAAUGAAGCUAAAGUAAACAGUCCUGGGUACAGAAUGUACGAUGACGCAGUACAGAGCAACAUCUUGGUAAAGGAUGGAAAAGAUAACAUCUUAAUCGGGAAGGUAUGGCCAGGGCAGUCUGUGUUUCCAGACUUUACAAACGUUAAUAAAACCACACAGUUCUGGGCGCGUUGGAUAGAUUUCUUCAUAAAGAACGAAUCCAUCGAUGCAGACGGUUUAUGGAUUGAUAUGGACGAACCAGCAAGCUUUAUCCCAGGUUCAGAGAGUGGGUGUGAGAAAAAUGAUUGGAACAGCCCUCCAUUCAUACCUAAGAUAAAAGACGGGGAGAAAGAUGGCGGUAAUUUGUAUUACAAGACUUUAUGUAUGGACGCUAAACAACACUGGGGUCGUCAUUAUGACGUACACAGCAUGUAUGGUCACAGCGAGAGCAUGGUCACGCAUAGGGCACUGACCCAGUUACGACCCAAUCAGAGACCUUUUAUCGUGACACGGUCCUCCUUCGUGGGGACGGGCCAUUAUGCCUCCACAUGGUUGGGUGACAACGACAGCCAAUGGAAACACAUGCACGACUCCAUAGUGGGGAUGCUGGAAUAUCAAAUAUUUGGAUUUCCUAUGGUGGGUGCAGACAUUUGUGGAUUUUUUGGGGCUGAUACACGUGACCUCUGUCUGAGAUGGUACCAGCUGGGAACCUUCUACCCAUUUGCCAGAAGUCAUAACGGCAUUUACAGCCCCACCAAUAAAAACUUUGUAGAGGAUCAAGACCCAGCUGCGUGGGACGCCGAUUUCAUUGGUAUUGUCCGACAUCAUCUGUUGCUACGAUACAAAUUUUUACCGUAUAUGUAUACAUUAUUCAAAGAGGCCCACACUGAGGGCAGAAUGGUACUGCGGUCCCUGAUGUUUGAGUUUCCUGAUGAUCCAAACACGUGGUCGGUUGAUCAGCAAUUCAUGUUUGGACACGCUAUUCUUGUUUCACCAGCAUUAGAAAACAAUAAGACGACCGUAGAUGCAUAUUUUCCAAAAGGAAGGUGGCACACUUACACAGGGGAUGAAGAAAUCAAUUCAUGGAAUGGACAACAUCGCUCACUUGACGCGCCUCUCCAUUUACUGAAUUUCCAUGCCAGGGGCGGAUCUAUCAUACCUCUACAAGACCCGAGUAAUUCUACCUACUACAGUCGCCUGAAUCCCCUGAGCCUCUGGUGUGCUUUAGACAAUAGUUAUAGCGCGACUGGUACUUUAUUUAUGGACGACGGUAAAAGUAUAGAUUCUAUAACCAGUGGUAAUUAUUUGGAACUGAAAUUUUCUUUAAAUAAGGGUACACAACUAGAUAUAACGAUCCUACAUAACGGAUAUACACCUCCAGGAAACUUGGAGUUUACGGUAAUAGAGAUCUCGGGUCUCGGGGGUUUUCCCUCUUUCUUAUACGUCGAUAGUGCAAGGAAAGGAGCUAGUCAUAUAAGAAUGAAGAGAAACAUUGUACAAAUUGUUGAUAUCAAUUUGGAUGUGACGAGAAACCACACAUUAAGAUGGAACACACGUGUCACAACAUCACAGUACGCAGCGCAUCCGUUAAAAUCAGCCACCAUGAGUACAGACGGAGAAAAAUCUGGGAAAAGAUGGAAGAAGGUGUUAGCUUUCGUCUUUGUUAUUGUGGUUUUAGUGGUUGCCAUAGCAGCACCGAUAGCAAUCAGCCAAUCAAAGCCGCAGUAUCAGUACCACAAACAAGAUAUUAUUGUACCGCCACAGAAGAAGUUUUACGUACAGGAUGACGUCAUUGUGGACUGUACCGGCAGGGAAGGAACUGAAGCAGAGUGUAAACAGACGGGGUGCUUAUGGCUAACACCAAGGAACACACGAGCCCCAAGGUGCAUUUAUCCAAAACAACACACCUACGCUUUGGAGGGGGACAUGCAAACUACUGACCAGACCAUAAAAUUUACGAUUCGGCAGAAUUUAAACAAAACGAUUUUCAACACAGAUAUUCACAAGCUGAUUAAUGUUACCAUAGAUAUGUAUAACCCUAAGGCACUAAGAAUAAAGUUUAUGCCACACGUGAAACCAAAGCCUUAUGAGAUACCAGAAGAAGCCUUACCAUUGGACACCACGAACCAAUCAGGACAGAGACUGUAUAACGUCACCAUUCAACACAAGCCCAUAUUUGGUAUUGUUGUCACCCGGAUCUCCACUGGAGCUGUCGUGUUUAACUCUUCUGUUCCUGGUUUAACCUUUUCUGAACAGUUCCUUCAGCUCACGAACCGAUUACCCUCAGAGAAUCUGUAUGGCUUCGGUGAACACAACCACCAACAGUUCAAACACGACAUGAACUGGAAAACAUGGCCGAUGUUCACACGUGACACGUCACCCACUGACCGCUGGAAUUUGUAUGGGUCCCACCCGGUGUAUAUGAACCUGGAAAACGAUGGAAAUUCCAACAUGGUGUUCCUAAGAAACAGCAAUGGAAUGGAUAUACAAGUACAACCAGCUCCCUUCCCAGCGGUAACUUAUCGCGUCAUCGGCGGAAUCCUGGAUUUCUUUGUGUUCCUGGGACCCACCCCAGGGGAGGCAGUCCAGCAGUAUGUGCAGACUGUUGGACUCCCAGCCAUGCCGCCAUACUGGGCGUUAGGGUUUCAUCUGUGUAGAUGGGGAUACGGAAACUUAACGGAGAUGAAAAAAGUCCGUGACAGGAAUGUGGCUGCCGGAAUACCAAUGGACACCCAAUGGGCGGACAUUGAUUAUAUGUACAAGGAAUUCGACUUUACAUAUGACAAAGUCAAUUUUGAGGGUUUUCCAGAUUUUGUAAAUGAUCUCCACAACAGUGGACAAAGAUUGGUCGUCAUCGUGGACCCAGGAGUGGAAGCCAAUCAAACGAUCUAUAAGGAGGCUCAAAAUAACAGUAAAGGAUACAACAUGUAUACAGACGGACAUAACAAAGACAUCUACGUCAAAAUGAAUGGAACAGAACUCCAAGGGAAGGUUUGGCCUGGACUGACCGUGUUUCCAGACUUUACAAAUGUCAAUAAAACUACAGAGUUCUGGAAGACGUGGAUUAAUUACUUCAUGAAGAAUGAAUCCAUACCAGUGGAUGGUCUUUGGAUUGACAUGAAUGAGCCCGCUAACUUCGUCCCAGGCUCAAUAAGAGGUUGUCAAAGAAACCAGUGGAACAACCCACCCUACGUGAUGCCUAUUUUGGAAGGAGAGAAGGAUAAUGGAAGCCUCUAUUAUAAGACCAUCUGUAUGGACGCCACACAACACUGGGGACGUCAUUAUGACGUACAUAAUCUAUACGGACACAGCGAGAGCAUGGUCACCAACAAGGCAUUACAGGAAUUGAUUCCCACAAAGAGACCGUUCGUUUUGUCGCGCUCCACCUUUUCUGGGACGUCUAAACAUGCCGCUAAAUGGCUGGGCGAUAAUCGGAGUCAGUGGGUGGACAUGCAUUGGUCUAUCGUUGGUCUUUUGGAAUUCAGUAUCUUUGGAUUUCCAAUGAUAGGGGCUGAUAUUUGUGGGUUUGGUGGUCAGGCCCAGUAUGAGAUGUGUAUUAGAUGGCAUCAAUUAGGCGCAUUCUACCCAUUCUCUAGGAACCACAAUGCAAUUAACAAAAAGUCACAAGACCCAGCAGCCUGGGGUGGCGCGUUUAUUUCUAACGUACGUCGUCACCUCCGCUUACGUUACAAGCUCUUACCUUACAUGUACACGCUGUUCAAGGACGCCCAUACCCUGGGGAAGACGGUCGUACGGCCUGUCAUGUUCGAAUUCCCGUCGGAUAACCGGACGUGGGCAAUAGAUAGACAGUUUUUACUGGGAUCUUCUAUCUUAAUUUCACCAGUUUUGGAGAAUAAUGUCAGAAAGGUGAAUGCUUAUUUCCCCAAAGGACGUUGGUUCGACUACUAUAAGGGAACGGAAAUUCAGGGGUCCGGAACAGGCCGGAACGUGACCUUGGAGGCCCCUCUGUCGACCUUGAACCUCCAUCUUCGCGGGGGAAUUGUUAUUCCAGUGCAAGAUCCAGGAAAUACGACUAAAACAAGUCGAUUGAAUCCCCUGGGUCUUCUGGUUGACUUAAAGUUUGAAACAAUUGACAUCUACGGACAGAACAGACAUCCCAAAACCGUCAAGGUUGAUGGAAGUCCCGUAAAUGCAAAUCAAGGAGUUACAUCACAUUUUAGCAUAAUACAACUUUCUAACCUUGGACUUAAUGUUAAUCAAACUCAUACACUAGAACUGAAUAUGGAGACAAAGUAAAUCAAAUCUUCUCCUGUGAAAGACUCUGUAAUACAGAAAAUUAACAAUGAAACGUGUUGUAUUUUCUGCAGCGAGGGACUUUAUAAUGUUAAAAGUAUUCGUAUUUUC